AUGGCUACAGCCGUUGUUAUGAGUGAAUGCAAACGAAUUAAUCUUGUUCCUUAUAAUAAUAAGAAAGCAGAACUAAUUGAAUAUCCCAAACAACAUGGUGAUAUACUUGCUCAACAUAAACUAUAUGGGACUGAUACAACUUUAUCGUUAGUAGAAAAAGAACUUAACAUAACUGUGACCAACUUUGAAAAUGGUUCACUUGAUCAAGACCAACGAUUAGGAGCUAAAAUUACUAAAUACGAACUUGAUGUCUUCAUUUUUUUCAUUGAUCCGUUAGACUCUCAUCCUCAUACGACUGAUAUUCAGACGUUUAUUCGCUUAGUACAAGCUUAUGGUAUUAUCUCUGUUAUAAUUCUUGCUACAGUUUAUUGUAUAGUUAAUUCAAACAAAAUGAACGAAAAUCAUGUGCGAUAA